AUGAGUAAACUAUAUGCUGAUGUUGAAUUUUACUUCGUGAAAAGUCACUUUAAAUUAGAUAAAGAUAUAUGCAAGGAAGCUGGAUUAACUGCUAGCAAUGAAAUUGUGAAUUAUAUUAAGUUACUAAAACUUCACUUAAAUAAAAAAGAUAUUGAAAUACUUCCUAAAGCUGAUUAGUAUAAAUCAUAAGGUGCUUUCGGUAAUAAGUGUAGUGUCACAGAACAAAGAAUCAGUUUCCCUAUGGAAUUAAGAAAUGAUAUUGAAAUUAUACUCUCUAGUAUUAUAAAAGAAGCCAAUCUCUAUACAGCAACCUCAAAGGAUGUUACUAAGACUGUAGUAGUAAAAAAUAUAUCCGAAAAUUAAAAUAUAUAGGAUAAUUAACAAAACCAAAAUUAAUAAGCCUAAAUUGUGUAGAAUAGACCUAAAUCUGAUGCUUUACCUAAGCAAUAAAUGAAAUAAAUUCCUAAAAAUGAUACUUUAGAGUAAAAGGGUCAACAAAUUUUAAAAAAUUAAAAUAAUGUAUAACAAAUUGCUAAUCCUUAAAUGUAAUUUUAAUAUUAGCAAGAUUGCUAGUAAAUAUAAGCUUAACAAGCUUAGAUGAAUGGAACUAAAUUUAAUUAAAACUUCCAAACAAGGACUAGUUAGGAGGAUGAUUCUGCUACUUCUUCAAAUAUGAGAGAAAUCUAAAGAUUAAAAGAAGAAUUAGAAAAAUCAAAAAACGAAAAAAAUUCGAUUGUAAAAGAAUAUGAAAGAAAAAUCAAAUAAAAAGAUGAUGUAAUUUAAGAUUAAUAAUAAAAAAUAAAAGAUUUGGAAAAGAGACUUGAGGAAAAAGAAAAAGCUCCAAAAGUUGAUAAAAAUUAUUUCUUUAAUAACGACUAAUAAUAAUAAUAAUAUCUAACAAAUUAAUGA